AUGGGCGCAUCAAUGUCUAUCUCCAGCCUCUUUGGCAAGCUCUUCGGCUCGAAAGAAGUCCGUAUCCUAAUGCUCGGUCUCGACGCUGCGGGCAAAACAACCAUCCUGUACAAGCUCAAACUUAACCAGACCAUGACCACCAUCCCCACGGUUGGCUUCAACGUGGAGAACUUCACCUACAAGAACAUCAAGUUCAACAUGUGGGAUGUCGGUGGGCAGGACAAGAUCCGGCCUCUUUGGAGGCAUUACUAUAGCGGCACCCAGGCGCUGGUGUUCGUAGUCGAUUCCGCCGACCACGCGAGAAUCGAUGAGGCUAAGACGGAGUUACAUCGGAUUUUGAACGAUCGUGAGAUGUCGGAGUGCUUGUUGCUGGUGUUUGCGAACAAACAGGAUAUUGCUGGUGCCAUGGACCCGCAAAAGAUCACCGAAAAGCUCGAGCUGCACAAGCUGGGCGAUCGGCCGUGGUACGUGCAGCCGGCCAUUGCCAUCGAUGGCGAGGGCUUGACCGAGGGCUUUAGCUGGCUGUCAGACAACAUUAAGAAGCUGCCCAAGUAUGGCGGGAAAUGA